CCCAUUUCUCUCCACUAAUAUUCCCUCUGCACUCAACUAAUGCAUAAAGCUGUCUGAACUCAGCAGCAGCAGUUGGAGUUCGGAGAAAUUAAGGUAACAUAGACACAAUCAUGUCGCAUCACAACUGCUGCAAUAAACAGAAGGUGAAGAGGGGGCUUUGGUCUCCUGAGGAAGAUGAGAAACUCAUCAACUACAUCUCCACCUACGGCCAUGGCUGCUGGAGCACUGUUCCUCGACUCGCAGGAUUGCAAAGAUGCGGAAAAAGCUGCAGGCUUAGAUGGAUCAACUACCUGAGGCCUGAUCUCAAGAGAGGGAACUUCACACCUCAAGAAGCUGCUCUCAUCAUCGAGCUCCAUCGAUUCUUGGGAAACAGAUGGGCUCAAAUUGCGAGGUAUCUCCCGGGGCGAACUGACAACGAGGUGAAGAACUUCUGGAACUCGAGCAUCAAGAAAAAAAUCAUGACCCAUCACAACAUGGUACUGGCUAACUCAAACCCCCAAAAUCCCAAUUUGACAUCCCCAAAUCCCCAAAUUGAGCAAACAAACCCUAAUCCCCAAAUCGAGCAACCCUUCCCAAUCGACCAAUUGGCGAACUACCACCCCAAUUUAGCCCUAAUUCACCACCAAUCAGCCCCAAUUCCACUCGAUCCCUCACCUCCCGAGCUCCACCCAUGGCCAAUUUCGCUCAAUCAAGCCAUGCGACAAGAUCACAGCGCCGCCGCAUUGUUCGGCUUCGCCGACGGCGGCGGCUACGAUCACGACGCCGCCGUGAUGGAGGCUCUGAUGCCGGAGCUGGCGAGAGGGUACGAAUUUGGGGCUUCUGCGAUUAACGCUGCUGUUUGGCAAGAGCAAGGCGUUGGUGGGCUCGAUCCGCUCUACCAAAACCAAAUCAGGAGCAUUUCGACUCUGAUGGAGGCGUUUGUGCCUCCGCCGGAGCCGGCGUCGGCGUUGGUACGGCCGGUUUCGUACCUGCCGCCGCUUCCGGGGUAUCGGAUGGCGGAUCUGCCGUGAUCGGAAUUGAAGCUCGGAAUAUUUAUGAACUUGUUUUAUUGUUCUAUGAUUUGGUCAUGAAUUAUGUAUAUUUAUGUUUUCAAUAAUCAGACUCUUUUUUUAUGCA